AACAGUUACGGUGACCAGAAGCCGCCUUAUUCCUACAUCUCUUUGACCUUCAUGGCCAUCCAGUCCUCUCCGGAGAAGAUGCUCCCUCUGUCCGACAUCUACAAGUUCAUCAUGGACAACUUCCCUUACUAUCGGAAAAACACCCAGAGAUGGCAGAACUCGUUGAGACACAACCUGAGUUUCAACGACUGCUUCAUCAAGAUCCCGCGGAGACCGGACCGACCGGGGAAAGGGGCAUACUGGGCGUUGCAUCCCUCCUGUGCGGAUAUGUUCGACAAUGGAUCCUUCCUCCGCCGCCGCAAGCGCUUCAAGCUUCGCAAGGAAGAGAAGGAAGCCCUCCAGUCCAGUCUGGCCCAGCUCUCGAAUCCGCUUCGCUACAAUCCCCAGCACCAUCACAGCCACGAGAGGUCGAAGCUGACCGCGGUCACGACGAAGGGGACGACUUCCACGAAACCCUCCUUCUCCAUCGAGAACCUGUUGGGGGACACGGGGAAAGAUAACCGCUCGCAACCGGAACCCAUCCGUUGCGUUCCCGGCUUACCCCUACCGUUCCCGCCCUUCCAACACCCCCUGGUAUGUCCCACGUCCCUAUACCCUCACUUACAGCUGGAUUACCCACCGAGGCCUCCGACCUAUCAACCGCUACCUCUCCCGUUUCACCUUCUGGGAACCUUGCCCUCACCCGAAAUGUAUUCGGUCCACCUGCCGCGAUUUCCCUUCCGACCCACAGCCGUCAUGCCUCCUCGACAGCUCCCGGCCCUCGACCUCUCGAAACCCAACUCGGAGACUCAGAGGUCGAAAAGUGCGGAUGCGGUCAAGGGCAUUCCCAUCACGUGUUCGUCUUCCAGGUCUUCUCCCGACGGCUCCCGGUCUCCCAUCAUCGAACUCGUUCUGUAA